AUGGCCAUCACUUCAGGCUGUUUGACUUCGCCGUCCUACUCGCUCUACGCCAACGGCGCUCCAUCAAGUCUCAUCCGCCAAAGUAAGGAGCAACUUGGCCAGGUCACGCGCGCCGACUUAGCGAUUAGGGACUUCAGCAAGACCUUCGUAGACCUGCUCAGCGUUGCCCAACGCGUUCGCUUCACCCAUCUACUGGCCAAUGACCCCGCAAUGGCAACUGCUUACUGUGGAAUGGAUGACGAUGCCAGGCGCUUUAUGGUGGAAGAAUGCGUCGCUUCGUGGUCAAGCGAUCACUACGACAGAUACACAGAGAGCAAGGAUAGCGACAACUAUAGCGACGGCGGAGAGACCAAGGAGCACAGCAAGUUCAUCGAGGACGACGAGAACGAUGAGACCAAGGGGAGCACGCCGCGAAACAACAACGACGAGCACAUGGCGGACAUGGACUACGCCGACAGCAAGUAG